GAAUGUGCCUGCGUUGCGCAGGAAACGCUGGUCGCUGAGUGAGUGAGUGCGGGACCGCUAGCUGCUCGCAGUGCAGCAACACUGAGUUGUAAACAAAGUGGAUAAAACUAAACUUCGACACGGGACAUUUUCUGCCAACGCUGGACGCUUUUUGGGGCCUUCAGAGCGGCGACUGUCCCGGAUAAAACCUCCACCAGCAGCGUUUUGGACCCAGUCGUGCUCGUCUCGUUAACCGUUUCGUGUCUGGAGCUGUUGAGGCGCUGGCAGUGCAGAGCAGCAACGUUUCAGCUGAAUUUAUGACCUUUUAGCGCUUUAAUACCCCGUAAUCUGCAAAUCUACACUCGUUUUGCAGCUCUUAACCACUUUGUCGCUGCCUUUCCGUCGAAAAAACCGGCCUGAAGAUCCUGAAGAUGUCCGUUGCGGGCUUGAAGAAGCAGUUUUACAAAGCCAGCCAGAUGGUGAGUGAGAAGGUUGGUGGAGCAGAGGGAACGAAGCUUGAUGAAGAGUUCAGAGACCUGGAGAGGAAAGUCGAUGUGACGAGUAAGGCCGUGGUAGAGGUCAUUUCCAAAACGUCCGAAUACCUGCAGCCCAAUCCAGCAUCCCGUGCCAAACUGUCCAUGCUGAACACCAUGUCGAAGAUCCGCGGGCAGGUGAAGAGUCCAGGCUAUCCGCAGGCGGAGGGGUUGCUGGGAGAGUGCAUGGCCAAAUACGGCCGAGACCUCGGGGAAGACACCAACUUCGGAGCUGCUCUGAUCGACGCUGGUGAGAGUAUGAAGAGACUGGCUGAGGUGAAGGACUCUUUAGACAUCGACGUCAAACAGAACUUCAUCGAUCCUCUGCAAGGCCUGUGUGACAAGGACCUGAGAGAGAUACAGCAUCACUUGAAAAAGCUGGAAGGCCGUCGGUUGGAUUAUGACUACAAGAAGAAGCGUCAGGGAAAGAUUCCGGACGAGGAGGUCAAGCAGGCGCUGGAGAAAUUCCACGAGUCUAAAGAGGUGGCGGAGAUCAGCAUGUACAACCUGCUGGAGACCGAUAUCGAGCAGGUGAGCCAGCUGUCGUCGCUGGUGGAGUCUCAGCUGCAGUAUCACAGGCAGGCUGUACAGAUCCUCGAAGAGCUCGCAGACAAGCUGAAAGACAGGAUCAAUGAGGCCCAGUCUCGUCCACGGAAAGAGUACGUCCCUAAGCCUAAACCUGUUUUUGACUUCGGAGAAACCAAUGACCAAUCAAACGGCGGCUUCACGCCUGCUGCUGCCCCUUCUACCCGUAACUCAGAACCGUACCUCAAGCUUGGCAAGUCAGCGCGGAAACCCAGAUUAAGUCCGGCGGAGCAGCCGUGCUGUAAGGCUCUGUACGACUUUGAGCCGGAGAACGAGGGCGAGCUGGGCUUCAGGGAGGGUGAUAUCAUCACUCUGACCAAUCAGAUUGACGAGAACUGGUACGAAGGAAUGCUGCACGGCCAAUCAGGAUUCUUCCCACUCAACUAUGUGGAGGUGAUCGUCCCACUACCACACUAAAAAAAAA